UCGAAUUUGAAGGAGAAAACCUCGUGGUGGUGGCGAAGGGAAACGCCUCCGCCACCGCAAAUGGCGGAUGAUGACACCGAGGUAUUCAUUAAUUUUCCCCCUAUUUUUAUCCAUAUAAAAAAAUCAAGGAUCUUCUCCUUCCAAAAAAGAGAGAGAGAAAAGAGCCAUGAAUUGAAUGUAUUCGCCACGUCGAUUAUCCAGACCAACCCUAUUUGAGCAACGAGUUUGAUGAUCAAAUUAUAUGGGAAAGAGUGUGUGCGCGCCAACGCCCUCGCAAACAAGGAAAAGGGCAAGCAAUCUUUAAGGCGCUCGUUCUUUCAUUGUUUGCAAGGAAACCAUGCAAUCCCUGUUUGAGUAACAGGCAGGCUUGUUUGAGGUAGUCCUUUCACCUCCUUAUAUUGAGUUGAGUGGUUACAUUUCGGCUCAAACCAUUUGAUGAAUUUCUAUUGGAUUCUGAGCUGAUCUUCCAUGUCUUAAUUGGUUCCAACAAACACGGAGUAAUUUUGAUGUUCAGUCCGAAAAGGAGCGUUCAAAUCUUGAGAAGAAAAGGGCGAUAAAUCCUGUUCUAAGUGAGAGAGCUAGUGUUUCUUUGAGGGAUCACUUGAUUCUGUUAAAACAUGGCGUCUCUUCAGGAUAUUGGAAUGUCUGCUGCUGUGAACAUUAUAACAGCUCUUAUAUUUUUGAUGGUUUUUGCUAUGCUUCGGCUUCAACCAUUCAAUGAUAGAGUGUAUUUUCCGAAGUGGUACUUGAAGGGAAUAAGAAGCAGCCCAACCCAUUCAGGGAACAUUAUGAGAAAGUUUGUCAACUUGGACUGCAGAACAUAUUUGAGAUUUUUGAAUUGGAUGCCUGCUGCAUUAAGAAUGCCAGAACCUGAAUUAAUCGACCAUGCAGGCCUUGAUUCUUCUGUAUAUGUCCGGAUAUAUCUUCUUGGGUUGAAAAUAUUUGCGCCUAUAACUGUUCUUGCUUUUGGUAUCUUGGUUCCUGUCAAUUGGACUGGUGGAACACUAGAGAAGAACAAAGACUUGACAUUUAGUGACUUAGAUAAACUCUCUAUAUCAAAUAUUGAACUUGGUUCACAAAGGUUCUGGGCACAUGUGGGAAUGGCCUAUGUAUUUACGUUUUGGACAUAUUAUGUACUCUACAUGGAAUACAAAAAAAUACAAUCGAUGAGGUUGCAUUUUCUGGCUACUGCUGGUCGGCGACCAGAUCAUUUUACAGUUCUUGUGAGAAAUGUUCCGCCUGAUCCUGAUGAAUCAGUUAGUGAGCAUGUUGAGCAUUUCUUUUCUGUGAAUCAUCAUGAUCAUUAUCUAACUCACCAGGUGGUAUACAAUACUAAUGAACUUGCAAAAUUGGUGGAGAAUAGGAAAAGCUUGGAGAACUGGUUUGUUUAUUAUGAAAACAAGUCUAUUCGAAAUCCCAACAAAAGACCAACUACAAAGACAGGGCUUUUUGGUAUACUGGGAAAGACUGUGGAUGCGAUUGACUACUAUAAGGCUGAGAUAGAGAAGCUACGGAAGGAAGAAGCAGCAGAACGAGAAAGGAUAAUCAGUGAUCCUGCCGCUCUAAUGCCAGUAGCUUUUGUCUCCUUCAAAAGCAGAUGGGGGGCAGCAGUUUGUGCUCAAACACAGCAAUCAAGUAAUCCAACUUUGUGGUUAACAGAUUGGGCUCCUGAGCCACGUGAUGUUUAUUGGUCCAAUCUUUCCAUCCCUUUUGUGGAGCUCACAAUUAGGAGGUUCCUUAUGGCUGUUGCACUUUUCUUUCUUACCUUUUUCUUCAUGAUCCCAAUUGCAUUUGUUCAGUCUCUAGCCAAUAUUGAGGGAAUUGAGAAGGUCAUGCCGUUUUUAAGGCCUGUAAUGGAAUGGGAACUCACUAAGUCGUUUAUACAAGGUAUUCUACCGGGCAUUGCAUUAAAGAUAUUUCUUAUUCUUCUACCCACAAUUCUCAUGACGAUGUCCAAGAUAGAAGGUUAUAUAUCCCUAUCAUCAUUGGACAGGAGAUCUGCUUCUAAGUACUAUCUUUUCAUUCUGGUUAAUGUAUUUCUUGGGAGUGUUAUUACUGGAACAGCAUUCCAACAACUAGAUAGUUUCCUCCACCAAUCAGCUGAUGCAAUUCCAAAAACUGUUGGGAUGUCCAUUCCAAUGAAAGCAACAUUUUUCAUCACAUAUAUAAUGGUUGACGGAUGGGCUAGUGUUGCUGCAGAAAUACUUCGACUCAAACCAUUAAUUGUUUUUCAUCUGAAGAACACAUUCAUUGUUAAAACUGACCAAGAUCGUGAACAGGCUAUGGAUCCAGGAUGUUUAGAAUUUGCUUCUUCAGAACCAAGGAUACAACUAUACUUCUUGCUUGGGUUCGUAUAUUUUGUUGUGGCUCCAAUUUUUCUUCCCUUCCUACUUGUGUUCUUCGGCCUAGCAUAUGUGGUAUUUCGCCAUCAGAUCAUAAAUGUAUACAACCAGCAAUAUGAAAGUGCUGCAGCAUUCUGGCCAGAUGUCGUUAAACGAGUGAUUAUUGCAAUGAUCAUCUCACAACUUCUACUUAUGGGCUUGAUGAGCACCAAGGAUGGCUCCCUCACCAUUCCUAUACUUGUUCUUCCUCUGUUGACAAUAUGGUUCCACAUAUAUUGCAAGACCCGAUUUGAGCCUGCAUUUGUCAAGUUUCCUUUGCAGGAUGCAAUGGUGAAGGACACACUAGAACGGGCAACAGAACCACUCCUAAAUUUGAGAGCUUACCUUCAAGAUGCAUAUGUGCACCCUGAUUUUCACAGAGAAGAUAUUGAACGCCCAUUGGCAAUUGAUGAAGAAGAAAACAAUCUACUGGUGCCUACAAAACGGACUUCAUAUAGGAGCACACCCAAAGACAGCAAAUACAAUUCGGAGAUAGGUUCUGAUUGUGAUGUCUGACUUGUCAUCCUACAUAUUCUCUCUGCCCAGAGGUCCAUAUGAGCUUGUUCGGAAUCCUUCGGUCCACCGUCUCUAUUCAACAAUGGCAUUGAUGCUUAAAUUCAAACCCUACAUGGAGAUUCAGGAUGACAGAGAGAAGUUGUACAUGUUUGGAUAAACUAGCUUUUUAUCAAACUUAUAGUGCAUUUUUGUUUCCUUUGAUUUUGGAGAGGUGAAUGAAAGUCCAGAAGCAUAUCAUAAUAAGGACCCACAGAGCAGUAAAAAGAUAGGAGGAUAGAUAUCAUGCGUGAUGAUGGUUCAACUAUGGAUGGCCUUGGUCUGACGAUGGUGGUUACGUUAAGACUGUGAUAUAGUAGCAGAUGAUGCUUAUUAUCAACAGUCAUUGGGUCUACUGAUAAGCCAGUUAAAUUUAAGACUCCGAGUUAAAAGUACUCCAGGUUUGCAUUUGUAUGACGGUACUGUUAAUAGAUAUUGUUAGUAGAAGUUUAACGUCUAAUCCUAAGUGGAAAAUACACUGUUAUCAAAAUAAAAAUACGAAAUCAUACUAAA